AUGAAGCAUUUGGACUUGGAGAUCAAUUAUCUCUUCGUAUUUUUUAUUCUUACACCGAUAUCAAAAAUACGUAAUAGCAUACUUACUGCAUUACAGCAUGAUGUAAGUUUACGGGUUUUAGUUGGACGUCCACGAAGCGAAUCAAUGGGCAGCAAUGAAAAGCAAAAAGUUCCAUGGCCACCCAUAAAUAAGCCAUUAAGACGUGUUCAGAUUGAAUGUUGUCCGGUGGAAUCAGUUUAUGAUUUAAGAGAUGAUGGCGAAUCAUAUGAUCUUUAUGAUGAUGCGAGAGCAUUUCGUCGACCACGCUCAAAUAGCUCUGAUUUUUUAAUUUUACGGAAAACUUCACGUCCAGUAUCAGUAGAUGUUGUUGGCCUUUUAGAUAAUAAUUUGGAUCCAUACAAGCAAUAUAUGAAAAUAGUAGAUUGUUAUGAAUUAGCACCACACGCUGGUCGAGUUAUUCUUGUGGAUAGUAAAGUGAAGUUGCAAAAAGCUUUUAAAGUAUUGAUCGAAUGGGGUGUUGGUUCGGUGGUUGUAUGGUGUAGUAAUCGGGAAGGUGUUAUUGCGAUACUUACACUUACCGAUUUUCUCAUUUCACUUUUGUCGAAAACAAGCCAAGAAACAACAACCGUUGAAGAAGCCAUUUCCAUGAACCAAUUAGUUUGGCUUGAUGGAUCAUGCAAAUUGCUGGAAGCAUGUCAUGAAUUUUGCUCUAAUCGUAUUCAUCGAAUAGUAAUCUAUCCGGAUCACAAUGGUGAUAUUCUGUAUUUACUUACUAUUAAACGGAUUUUACAAGCAGUUCAUAAACAGAAUCGUUCACUGCAUUUUGCCUCUUGGCUUGAUUGGGAUAUCAAGAAAUCAAAAAUAGGCACAUGGAAAAAUUUGCAAACGGUUUCUGAAAAGGAUAAUCUGGAAACGGUAGCGCGAAAAAUGCUCGAUUACCGUAUCUCUAGCUUACCAAUAAUUGAUGAUGAAAAUCGUCCGGUGGAUGUGAUUUGCAAGACAGAUAUUGCUUACGCUCUUGCG